AUGUCUCUGAUCGAUUCACGUCGAUCUUCCACAACGAGCGGGAAAAUUCGACGCAUCUUCCACAGCUCCCAGUCCCAAAUUGGCCAUCGUAAACAGAGUUCACCUACUAUCGCCUCUCAUGCCUUGCCCGGACUGGGACGUGAGCUGUCCAUUUCAGAAGUGGGUCAGCUUGCAGGAACGACAGGUCGAUAUCUGCGCAUCUUUUGUGAACGUGUUUGUCCCUCUGCUAAGUUUAAAACUGUCUUUGUACAAAAUGAUUACACGGUAAGCGAAUGCAUCGAAAAGGUGGUCAUCCAACUCUCUUCUGAAGGAGAUAUUGUUACCAGUCAAGUCGAUCUCUUUGAAGUUAUUGGUAGACUUCCAGCGAAUUCAAAAGCUAUCAAUGAAUCGGGCACAGUUAAUGAUCCCGGAGAGGUGUUCAGCGAACUGAAUUCACGUCCCCUGCCUCCAGAGGAGAAGAUUUUAAAUGUGUUUUCCCUUAUGGCACCCGCACCAGGACUGUGUCGUCGUUUGGAACUGCGAAAACAGCUUCAUCCAUCCUCAGUGUCAUUUCCAGCUCGGAUUCGACCGAGAAUUCAGAACACGGUUGAUUCGACAGUUAACAGUUCCCGAUUAAUGGCACCCCAGUGUCCGUUUCUCCUUUUGAUCAAGGGUAGUAGACCUGAAUGUGAUCCUCUUGUCCACAGCUUUUCCGACAUCUGUCGGGGCAAGGUGAGUGAAAUAACAAUGGGUACUUCAGCGUACAACGACAUUCGUUUGUACCUCUCCCCAGAAGCAAAGAUCUCCCGUGAAACUGUAAAUCUUAAUGGGGAUCACUACAACGACUUCAAAUCGCCCAUCCGUUUCAUUGCCAAGAACCAUCCUGCUAGCACAAAGUCUAAAGCAAUUUGGUUGUGUAUUUAUUCUACUUACAAUUUUAUUCAGCCUGAAUACCCUAUCACAGUGAUACUUAACUGGGAGACACUAACAGAUUCCAAUAACUUUCCAAUUAAUAAAUCUCUCGAACCAGGUGACAUCAUCCGAAUCGAGACGUCAAAUCUCGUCUAUGUGUUCAUCUUCAAGGACUCACAAACGGUCCCUGAACAUAAAUUGCCUUUGGGCUUCUUUACGUUGCCCCAGUUGCCCUCAGUUGGUGGGAAACCUCCCACAGGUCAAAACGGAAAUCGCUCAGCUGCGAGGACUGCACGAAUUGAUGCUCUCGUUCGGAAGACUUCCAGCCUCAGCAGUCACAGCGCCGGGGGCUCUAGCUUCCUUCCAACCUUUUCAAGCGUUGGUGUGGUGGUUGGAAAUCUAUUUCCACGAACACCUCCCAAGAGCGGUGACUCAAAUUGGAGCGAAAUGGGUGGCAUUUUGCCAGAUGUGGGAGUGGCGGCUGGAUGCUUUGCCCAUCUCCUACGAUCAGUUGUCAAGCAUGGGUUGGGAACGAAUGGACAGAAUUACGUGAAGUACAUCAACGAGGAUGACCUGUUCCGAGAGAUUAAUCAGGCUCUAUCACGGGAGCUGGAGAAACUCAAUAGGGUGAGUGGCAAAUUGUAG